GAAAUUCAUACACCAACGGACGAAUGAGUCUCUCUUGCGUCCUCAUGAAAGCGCUCUUGUUGUCUCUUGGAGAACAACAGAGGAAGAUGAAUGUCGAGGGGCGGCUACGGAGACACAUCAUUUGGAUAUUCAGACAGGCAUUCUUGGGAUUUUCUCAUCAGAUUUGGAUACAGGACUAAACACAACCUGUCAAAAAUUGUAAGAAUUUUUCCUUUGUCUGAGGCUGUGAGCUUCUGGCACCCAGACAAGAUACCGGUGGACUUUUGGAUCAAACACGUCUUGUCAUUUUAGAUGUGAGGGACAAACGCUACACCCUAAGGCAAUUGCAGGUUACGGUGCAGCGAGAACACCCAGAGGUGGUUGAAAAAUUGUGACUUGGGUGUGUGAGUUAUGUGCUUCUGUGGUGGACAAGUGAGGCAGAGCAUCCACAGACAUUCAGAUGGAUACAGAGUGUUUGUGAGGUGGUUGCUGAAUGCACAGUGAGAAGACAAGGAACGAUUUAAGUUUGGCUUUUAUGUGAAAGAUCAGGACUUUGCAUCAAGACAUCUGGAAGAACCUUAUUCUGUUUUUUUCUAAUAUGAAAAAGAAGUUUUCACCUUGGAGUAGCCUCUUCUUAAGCAGGAAAAAGUAAGUAUAGGUCAUCAAGGUAAUGCUAUUGGAUUUUUACUUUUGAGUUACAGGCAGCUUCGAAGGAUCAAUGAAGGAGCUGGAACAAUCCAAAGAGCUGACUUGGGAUUUUGACCAAUCCUGGAGUUCAUUCCUAACACCAGCUGCACGCCUCUGUCUCAACACCUUGGAUUUUUCCGACCUCUGGGAUGAGGAAGACAGCACAGAGGAUGAGGGAACCCUAACAACUAUCAAAUCAUCAAUAUGCCUCCAAGCACCUCCGGCACCCCCUCCUCUUCCUCCCCCACCUCCCCCUCCUCCUUCUCUCGCCUCACCUUUGGCCUCUGCUUCACCUAAAGAUGGUACCGUUAAGUCUCGCACUUUGAAGCUUCACUGGAGGGAGCUGCAGAAUCUGGCACCGCUCCCCAGGAUGACACGCUUUGGGACUCAGACCAUUUGGGCCGGACUCGAGCCGGUGAAUUUGGAUAAAAACCAUCUGGAGUAUUUGUUUAAGUCUAAAGCCAACAGCAGCAGUCUGAACAUUGUAUCGGGACGGCAGAAGCAGCCAUCGAUAUCGGUGUUGGGAGUGAAGCGCAGCAACAUCAUAACUAUUGCCUUGAGCAGCUUGCCCCCUCCUCGCCUCCUCCCCCCUGCUAUCUACAGCAUGGACAGCUGUGUGUUAGAAAGAGAGGACAUUCAGCGUCUUCAAGCACUGAUCCCGACUGAAGAGGAACUCUGCCUGAUCAAAGAGGCCAAGGCCCAGAACCCUAAUGCCUCUCUGGCACCGGCUGAGCUUUGCCUCCUCACUUUGGGGGAAAUCCCCCACUUGAGCACCAGGCUUCAGCUUUGGGCCUUUGCUCUGGAUUACGACUCCUUGGAGAGGGAAAUUGCUGAGCCUCUCUUCCAUCUGAAGUUGGGCAUGGAACAACUGGCAGCCAGCCAGACCUUCAAGUACAUCCUGGCGACAGUCCUAGCGAUCGGUAACUUUCUCAACGGAUGUAAGGCCCGUGGUUUUGAGCUGAGUUACCUGGGGAAGCUGUCUCAGGUAAGGGACACACACACUCGACAGCCCCUGCUGCACCACGUCUGCGUCUUACUGCUGCAGCUCUAUCCGGAAUCCUCUGACCUCUACUCGGACAUCACCGCGGUCACUAAAGCUGGAAAGUGUGACUACUGCCAAGUCCAGUCCAACUUUACCCAGCUGGAGAGCCUGUGCAAAGCAUCAUGGGAGCAGGUGAAGCUGCUGAAUAAAGCUGACGAAAAGAGGAAAGGAGGAAAGGGGGAAAGGAUGAAAGGGAUAGGUGAUGAGGCCCUGGCCCCGGACGGUUCGCUCCGUCACAGGCUUCCAAAGAUCCUGAAAGAGUGUGAGGAAAGGCUGAAAGUCCUAAGAGCUGUCCAUCGUAGGGUUAUCAAUAGGUUCCACUCUUUUCUCCUCUUCCUUGGCUACUCCCGGGCCAUGGUGAGGGACACCAAACCGGAGGACUUCUGCAAAACCAUCAGUAACUUUUCCCUGGAGUAUAGGACCAUGCGACAGACCAUCCUACUGCAGAAAGAAAGAGAGCGGGAGCGACAGAAAAAUGCGACUGAAAGCCCGGGUCCAAACACCCCUGUAGGAAAAAGAAAAAAUCAACAAACUCCAUCAAAGGACAAUGAUGAGCAGGGUAGGCUGGAGGAGGUACUGAGAACACCCGAGUCCAUGUCAAGAUUGGAUGUCACUUUGCCUCGAAACCGGAAGAGGAUGGCUGACCUCCAAGGUGCAUUUUCUCGGAAAAUGAAGUGGUGACCCUGCCGACAUAUGCAGAAGCAAUGUGUGAUUGUUAUUAAUGACAUUGUUGUUACACUGCAGCUUUACAUUUGGAGCACUAUACCAGUAAGAAAUUGACAAGCGCAUGAGAUUUCACAUGCCAUUCAAUGAUAAUCAUGAUUAGCUUAGAUAAAAUAAUGGUUUUGAUCAAAUACAAAAAAAGUAUUCAUUUCUAUCUCUGUCUUAAUGGAACUAAUUCAAAUAAACUACAACUUGAACAAUCAA